UUGCUGGUGUUGCUGCUGGCUGGCUGGAUGGGCGCCUCGCUGCUGCUGAGCUGCAGGUAGACACAAGUCUCACGGGUGCAUGCAUGCAUGUCAACCACCACCACCAGAUGAGCCCUGCUACCCGAGGUGACCACUGGCGCACACUGGCACUCCACAUGGGGCUGCUGAGCGGGUGCGGGGGAGCAGCUAGCAGCCCUGCAGGUGGUAGGAACGCCACCGAGGGGCCUACUGGCGCCUUCAGGGGGGGUGGGCGGAAAGAAACCAACUGGGGUUGUCUAGGCAGACCAACCCACCCGGCGCCUUGGGGGGAUGAGGUAUUGGCGGCUGCGGUCACAUGGACGUGUGACUGAUGACUAUGAUGUGUGUUUUGUGCGGCUGAUACCUGCAUGACGUGUGAUGGGCGGUGGCAUUGCUGCGUUACAAACAUGGACAGAGUCGAUGAUGCAUUGGCCACUGCAGACAGGCAGCAUGUGCUGGCGCUGCAGUGCUGCUCUUCUUGGAUGGGCACUUGCAUGGAAGCAGGCAUGUGUAAAUGGGGAGUACGUAACGGCAGAGGGCUGUCAUGAGGCGUGCUGAGGAGGCGGGGGGAGGGCGGUAGGCCGGUAGGCGCAGGAUGGGUCAGGCAGGAAGGCUUGGAUGGUGUCGCAGCGUUCACUAUCGGUACCUGCAGCUUAACAAAUUCCUUGCGGUUGGGGGCCGGUGUGGGUUAGUAUUGCUUGGAACCGCCACUCUCAAGGAAUGUGUCUGGCGGUUAGGAGGUGGUGAAGAAGUCGAGGACAGAAGUGGGCAGUGCUCCGGCUUACUGGCGGUGGUGGUGAUGGCUGCAAGUACCGGUAGGGGCGGGGCGGGCGGCGGGGGGGGGGAGCUAGGGCGAUGUGCUCGUGUGGGGGUAGGACAAGAACGAGAGAUAGCAGGGGGGAGCGUGGGGAGGGCUUUGCCUUCAUGGGGCGCUAGGUGGGGGCCGUCAGGGGUUUUCAGGGGCUUGGACUCUUGACUCUCACUGCGAUCCUGUAAAGGAAGGGUUUGCGACCCACACUUAACUCGCUGGCGGAAAUUGGAUAACUUGAUGGAAGGAACGCGAACAAUCUUGCUUGUGGUGACUGCUGAGUUGAGCGGUAUGGAGCUAUUAGGGAUGGAGAGAGUAGGAGAGGAGUGUGGAUGCAGGUGAGUGUGUUUGUGUUUUUGUUUGAAUGUAGACAAGAUCGGCCUUUUGUGGCAUUUUGCAGUCGGAGUAGCAGUGUCGCCAGCUCUUCCAGUGGGUGCUCUGCAUGGGUGCGGUAGGGUGGCAGGGUGCGCGGCAGGCGAGGAUGGCAAGGAAGACAGCGCUCGUGAAUUGCGCAAAGGUACCUGUAGUCGGUAAACCGAGUGAAGUGUGCUUUCUGUAGUUUGGAUCGUGCCGUAACCAAUCUGGGUCGUGGGCAGGAGUAGGUGCACCAGUUACGCACAACUCUGCGGUGCCGGAUGAAGCCAUCGGAGAGCGGCUUGCACGUGUGACCCCCUCUUUUUUACAGAUGUACUGCAAGACAACUGCUGCCAUACACGUGCCUACCCGCGAUGGGGCGUCGCCCUGGGCCCGAUGUUGCUUGUGUUGCUAUUCCCACACGUACUGAUGGUACGGAAGUCAUCCUCGCUUCAGGCUGCCUUCCUGGCACGCGGAGUCUGGUCUCGCUCUUUCGUCUGGCCCGGCGCCUUAGCCCGGCUCCUCAAAACCCCACCUAGCGUCCGCCAUAGCAUACCGGUGGCGUAUGGGGCUUAGGGAUAUGAAACCCGGCCACCCAUUAGCCACCCCCAGCCCUUAGCACAUGCUUAUCGAUUCACGUCCUCACAACAAUCCAC